AUGGUAAAAGAAAUAAAAAAUAAUCGCGAACUUUUUCCAAAACCACCAUCAUUACUUAUUGUUGCUCAUUGUUCAACAAUACGUCGUAAAACGACAGGUAUCGAUGCAAAUGAAUUAUCAGCUAUACUCAAUGAUUGUGUAUAUGAAGCAUAUUCAAAUAAAUUCCCGUUAAAAUCAUAUUUGAAUUCUUUAAAUGAAAUAGUUAAAACAUUGAAUUCACAUUUUCCAUCAGCAUUACUUGAAACAAGUUCACAUUAUUUUUUUACUCUCGUUCGUAACACAAUACGACUACUUUUACGUGAAUUAUAUACAUCAUAUGAAUUAAAUAAUGAAGAAAUUUAUAUUUUACGUAAUUGCACUGUAUUAAUUCAUCAGGUAGUUAAGAAAAUAGAUGAUGUAUCAAAAAUUUUACAUUGGAUUACUGAUGAAUCAUUUCUUGAUGCUUUAGCAAAUUGUCUAAUUCAUAUAAAUAAAAUUUCAAAAGCAACUGAAAAUCAACAUAUAAUGAAACAAAUAACACGUUUAUUAAAUAUAUUGUGUAAUAUUCAACAACGUUUACCGAUAAAUUUACAUCAGCAAUCAUUUGUACAAUUACUUCAACCAAUUAUAAAUUGUUUAACAUCAUCAAAUUAUAUUAAAUUAUUUAGCAAUUUAAAAGCAAAUGCAAUUUCACUUACAGAAAGCCAAAAACUAUUUCUUAUUAAGUGUCCGUAUUUUCUUACUACUUAUAAUGGACCUGAGAUUGAGAGAGCAAUUGAACAUGUUUUAGAAAUAAUGUUACCACGUUAUGUAUCAAUACUUGAUAAACAUAUGAAAACAAUUAAAGAAUGGCAGGAACCAAUAAUGCAUGCUAUACAUAAUCUUAUUAUGACUAUUGUUUAUGCUGAGGGCUAUUUUUCAUCCUGUAUAAAUAAUAAAUCAUUUCAAUUACUUAUUAAUCAUCUUUUAAAUCUUCUUAAUGAAACUAGUUUAAUUAAUAAAAUACAUCCAAAAGAAAACAAUAUAGAAACAUUAUUGAUUGAUGCAACACUGGUCGUCUUUAGUAUACAACUUUAUGAACCUAAUGCAUUGGAUUAUAUCAAACAACUUAAACCGAUAGCAGUUUUUCGACAAUUAACAACAACAUCGCGUGAAGCUAUUGUUUUAAAUGCUUAUAUGAUGCUUGUACACGUAAUGGAUGAAAAUGACAUUGAAACAAUGGUGGACAAUUUGUCUAAUUUACUUUCUACAACUCUCUAUUUAUUAGGAAAAGCAAUUGAAACUCGUCAUCAUACAAAUAUACAUGAAAAGGUUAAUCAAGAAACUGUCGAUCGAAAUAUAAUACAACUUCUUGAAACAUUGAGGGGUUUAGUACAAUAUGAACAAAUUAAAAAUGAUAUAUUAAAACAAAAAAUAGUAUCACAUUUAAUGUAUUAUUACGAAAAUUUACAUGGAUUAUCGAAACAAUUAUUACUUGAAUGUUUUUGGACAUUAUCAUUUAAUGAAAAAAUAGCUCAACAAUUACGUGAACAUUCACAAUUUAUUCUUUCAUUACAUAAUAUAUUACAAGUUGUUAGAGAUGAUCGUCAACAAAAUACAAUUCGUCAUUCAAAUAGUUAUUGUACUCGUCAAAAUGGUACCAUUAUAGCAUUAAUUGACAGACCAAAUGAUGGAAUACGAAAAGUAGCUGAUGGACUUCUUUGGAAACUUGUUAACGAAUCUGAAUUUCGAGAGAACAUCAUUGAAAAAAUGAAAAUGCGAAAAGAAACAAGAAUCGCAACUAAUAAUCAAAACUAUAAAUAUGAUAUAAUGAUUUCAUAUUGUGAUGCUGACAAAGAUAUUGCUCAGAAAAUUCAAAGAUUUCUCACUAAUGAAGGUUAUAAUAUUUGGUUUGACAGUACCUGCAAUCACAGAUAUGAUAUGAAAGUCAUCGCAGACGCAAUAGAAAAUUCUCAAUUUGUUAUCAUCUGCAUCUCGGAUUUGUAUAAGCGUGAUAAUAAUUGUCAAGCUGAAGUUGAAUAUGCGUUUAAUUCCAAACGAUUUCUUCUACCAUUGAUUGUACGUGCCGGCUACAAACCUUCUGGAUGGUUAGCUUCUAUGGCAAACAACAGCACCUAUAUCGAUUUUGCAGGAACUGAUUUCAAAACAGCAUCCACAAUGCUCGUAGAAGCAAUUAAACAACUACAGUGUCAAAAAGAGACACCAAUUGUUAGACCAACGGCAUCGACACGGAUCAACAUUGUGCACAAUCCAUCUAGUUCUUCGAAUGUUUCUGAUAAGCCUUAUGCACCUGUUCAGUCUUCGAUUGUAACUGGCUCUACUAGUUCCGUACCAUCUUAUUUUCCAUCCGUUAUCAAUGGUAAACAACAAAUGUCAUCACCUGCAAUCUCACGAAAUUCAAUUGCUAGCGUUGACUGUUCUACUAGGUCUGAUUUCAUUGAUAAACAACAGAAAAGAUCGGAGCAUGCUACUUCACAGUCAUCAAUGGAUAGUUCGAUCUCUACUAUCGGAUCUGCUGGUGUUGUUGAAACACAGCAAGCUCAAAUCCACACCGUUUUAAGGCCAUCAACAUCUGGUAUUACGCCUUCCACAACAUCUACUAUUGAUAUUCAACAACGGUCAACACAUGUGCAUCCUGUUUCAACAUCAAUAACAUCUGGAUCCAUGAUAUCUACUACAUCUGCCAUUAGAGGUCAGCAGCAACCAAAAACAUCAAUCGUCUCGUAUUCAAAAUUUCCGACAUCUGACGCUAACACUUCCACUACGUCUUCAGUUGUUAAUAAGCAAUACGAACAACAUCAAAUGUCAAUGGGUCCUGUUUCAAAAACGCCAACGUCUGGUUCCAUUGUUUCUACCGCAUCUGUGGUUACCGAUAAACACCACCACCAACAACACCGUCAACUACAACAACGAAUGCCAGUGAGUUCUAUUCUUCAAUCAGCAAUGGUUAGGUGCAUCUCUUCUGACCGUUCUGCCACUGUUGAAAAAUCGCAACAACAUGGACACAUCUAUCCUAUUUCGAGACCUCGAAUAACUACAUCUACCAUCCCUACUGGUAUAGAUCAACAAGAAAAGCGAACAACAAAACCGUCUCGUUCACGAUCAUCAACGCCUGGUAAUAGCUAUUCUACUGCAUCUGCUGUUGUUGAUAAGCAACAACUAUCUGAAAAAAGGUAUUCUGUCCCACUAGCGCUAAUCUCAACACCAAAUUCUUCUACUGUGACCAUCAACCUUGACCACAAGCAGCAGCAAACAACCACCCAUUCUGUUUUAAUACCGCCAAAACCUCUUACUGUCUCUUCGAAUGCAUCUCUUAAUGUUGAGAAAAUGCAACAACAAACGCAAAUACAUUCCAAACCACGAACAUCGACAGUUAACGCCAUAUCCUCUGCCGUGUGCUCGACUGUUAUUCAGCAACAACAGCAAGCAAAGAAAGCUAUCACAGGAUCAUUAACAAAUGGCACUACUCUUUCUAUUAUACCUAUCAUUAUCGAUAAAGAGCAACAGCAGCCAAUAGAAAUACCUCCAGUUUCACUAUCUACAACAUCUUAUUCCACAUCUUUUGACGAAACAAUCAAUGUCAAUAAACGAUCACAACAACAAACACAAGGGUAUCUAAUUUCACAACCCCAAACGACGACCUACACUGUACUUCCUACUACAUCUACAGUUGUCCCUCAACCGCAACAGCUAACAUCAACUCAUCUUGUUCCACGGUCGCCAAAAAAUAACACUGUCUCUUCUGCCUCAACUACCACUAUCGAUAAACUACAACAAAAAACACAACUUUGUCCUAUUUCACAAUCACAAACAUAUAACUCUGUCCAUUCUAGUAAAUCUGUUUUCCUUGAUCAAUACCCACAGCUAACACCAAUGCAUCUUGUUUCACAAUCGUUAACAAAUAACACUAUUUCUUCUGCUCCAAUUACCACGAUCGUUAAACCACAACAAGAAACACAAGUUCAUCCUGUUUCACAAUUAAGAAAAUCCGGCUCAUUUUCAUCUGCUGCAUCUGCUCUCCUUGAUCAAGAAUCACAGCUAAUACCAAUGCAAGUUCUUUCACCACCGUUAGCACAUAGCAUUGUUUCAUCUGCUUUACCCGUAGCCGUUGAUAAGAAGCAACAAUUACCAGCACGAAUACCUCUUGCUGCACAAUCUCAAGUACCUACUUCUACCACUCCUGAUGAACAUAGCAAUGCCAACAAACAGCCGCGGAAACCAAUAAUAGUGUAUUCUAUUUCGCCGCCACCAGCGACUACCCGUGCUACACUUCCUACCACAUCUAAUAUUGUCGCUCAACCGCAACAGCUAACGCAAACCCAUCUUGUUCCACAGUCGCCAAUAAAUAACACUGCUUUUUCUGUUUCAACUACCACUAUCGAUAAACUACAACAGAAAACACAAUUUUGUCCUAUUUCACAAUCACAAACAUGUGGUUCUGUCUAUUCUGGUACAUCUGUUCUCCUUGAUCAACACCCACAUCUAACAUCAAUGCAUCGUGUUCCACAAUCGUUAGCAAAAAAUACUAUUUCUACUGCUCCAAUUACCACAAUUGCUAAAUCACAACAGAAAACACAACUACCUCCUGCUUCACAAUUAAAAAAAUCCGAUUCAUUCUCGUCUGCUACAUCUGCUUUCCUUAAUCAACAACCACAGCGAACAUCAAUGCAUCCUGUUUCACAACCGUUGACAAACAACAUUCUUUCUUCUGCUUUACCUAUUGCCAUCGAUAGGCUGCAACAGAAAGCACAAUUGCGUCCCGUUGCACAAUCACAAAGAUCUGGCGCUGUCCCUUGUGCUACACCUGUCCUCCUUGAUCAACACCCACAGCUAAUACCAAUGCAUCUUGUUUCACAACCGUUAACAAAU